CAGAAAAUAAUAUUAUAGCCCUCGAUUUUAAUUGUGUAUCUUGCAAGUCCUCAUUUUCCUAUCUGAGGUUUCUCCUGGUCGCUGCAUCUCUAUCAGGGCUUCUGACUUCUCUGAUCUCGUUUGGUUGUCGAAGAAUCGAGCAAUUAUGACUCGCGGUAACCAGAGGGAGAAAGAUCGUGAAAGGGCUCAGGCCAGGGCUUCCAAGGGCAAGCAGGUCAAGGGCGAUGGGUUGACUCCUGAGCAACGCAGGGAAAGAGAUGCAAAGGCACUACAGGAGAAAGCAGCGAAGAAAGCAGCUCAGGAAGCUGGAGGUAAUAAAGCUGCUGGUGGAAGUGGUGGAGGCAAAAAAUAGGCAAGGAUGAUUGUCUGAUAGGCAUGGAAGUAUCUGUAUUAAUUGUAUUCUGACUUUGGUUUUCUGUUAGUGUCAUCAGCUGGUGUCGUUUGAUCAUAAACUAGUACUUCUUUGGGAGGGGUUGAUGUUGGAUGAUGUGAACCUUUGCCUUUUAUUUAUUGGAAGACCAUUCUAUCUGUAUUAUUUUA